CUAUCCUAUCUGUAGGUACUAGACUAUAUCGAGGGGUAGUGUACACAAUAAGAAUAUCGAGCUAACGCUACCUAACCUUCUAUAAUGAUUUCUUGGCCCGCAAAGCUGAGAGAUAAAAAAAAACUUAAGAAGCCUUGCGUCUCCUCUCCGAGUCAUAACCUUUCUUCUUUUCUACUCUCUCCAUUUUUUCCCCAUUAUCUGUAUGACAACACCUAACAGAGACAAAGGCGAACCUCCUUAUCUACCUUAUCUAUCUGUCUGGGUGCGCGCUACCUAAACCUCUGCUUCUACUAUAAUUUACGCUGUACUUUUAUAUCACAUUCACAUAUCCCGAUCCUAGAGAUCCUAGAGAUUCCCUACCUACCUGGUAUAUACCUACGUCAGCGUGGACGAAGGGAGUAGAGCUCAUACCAUACCCCAAUUGAGUUACACCCCACCAAAAUCAAUCUCGACGUCGAGCUCAACAAACCUUCCCCCCUUCCUGCGUCACACGUCGAACUUAUAUUAAUUACCAAUCUCCCUGAAUAGAAGAAGACUGUUAUUUCUUAACAUCUUCGGCUAUCCAAAAUGGAUUUUCAAGAUAUCCAGGAUUUAGAGGCUGCGCGCAAGGCCGCUAUCAUCAACGAUGACAACGAGGAUGUCUUCGAAGAGGGCACCGCGCCGCCGCCGAAAGGAGCGAAGACCGCCCACCAUAUUCGCGCAAACAGUUCUAUUAUGCAUCUGAAGAAGCUUUUGGUGGCUAACAGAGGAGAGAUUCCUAUUCGUAUCUUUAGGACAGCUCACGAAUUAUCACUACACACCAUCGCUGUUUUCAGUUAUGAGGACCGACUCAGCAUGCACAGGCAAAAGGCCGACGAAGCCUACGUCAUCGGAAAGCGAGGCCAAUAUACUCCGGUCGGCGCUUAUCUCGCCGGCGACGAAAUUAUCAAAAUUGCAUUAGAACAUGGCGCUCAAAUGAUUCAUCCUGGGUAUGGUUUCCUAUCAGAAAACGCCGAGUUUGCCCGAAACGUAGAGAAAGCCGGUCUUAUCUUUGUCGGCCCGUCUCCUGAAGUUAUUGACGCACUAGGUGACAAAGUAUCUGCCCGGAAGUUGGCUAUUGCUGCCAAUGUACCCGUCGUACCGGGAACCGAGGGCGCAGUCGAGACAUUUGAAGAGGUGAAGAAGUUUACUGACCAAUAUGGAUUCCCUAUCAUUAUCAAGGCUGCCUUUGGUGGUGGUGGCCGAGGUAUGAGAGUGGUGCGGGAGCAAUCUAGUCUCAAAGAAUCUUUUGACAGAGCCACUUCCGAGGCAAAGACGGCUUUUGGAAAUGGUACCGUCUUCGUUGAGCGCUUCUUAGACAAGCCGAAGCACAUUGAGGUUCAAUUGCUCGGAGAUAACCACGGCAAUAUUGUGCACCUGUACGAACGAGACUGUUCGGUCCAGCGGAGACAUCAAAAGGUGGUUGAAAUCGCACCCGCCAAAGAUCUUCCCGCGGAGACCCGAGAUGCCAUCCUGGCCGACGCUGUCAAACUGGCCAAGUCCGUGAAUUACCGAAAUGCGGGUACCGCAGAGUUCUUAGUUGACCAGCAGAACCGCUACUACUUCAUCGAAAUCAACCCCCGUAUCCAAGUUGAGCAUACCAUUACCGAGGAAAUCACCGGUAUUGAUAUCGUUGCUGCUCAGAUUCAAAUUGCCGCUGGCGCUUCGCUCCAGCAGCUCGGGUUAACUCAGGACCGAAUCUCUACUAGAGGCUUCGCGAUCCAGUGUCGAAUUACUACCGAAGACCCGGCAAAACAGUUCCAGCCUGAUACUGGAAAGAUUGAGGUGUAUAGAUCCGCUGGUGGUAACGGAGUACGUCUCGACGGUGGCAAUGGGUUUGCCGGUGCAGUUAUUACUCCGUACUACGACUCCAUGUUAGUCAAGUGCACAUGUCACGGUUCGACCUACGAGAUCGCGCGUCGAAAGAUCCUCCGAGCUCUUAUUGAAUUCCGUAUCCGUGGUGUCAAGACCAACAUUCCAUUCCUUGCCUCGUUGCUGACGCAUCCCACUUUCAUCGAUGGUAACUGCUGGACCACAUUUAUCGAUGACACUCCUCAGCUGUUCGACCUCAUCGGCAGUCAGAACCGUGCUCAGAAGCUACUAGCUUACCUUGGCGAUAUCGCAGUCAACGGAAGCAGCAUCAAGGGCCAGAUCGGAGAGCCCAAGUUCAAGGGCGAUAUCAUCAUUCCAGAACUCCUUGAUGCCAAUGGCUCCAAGAUUGAUACCUCGCAGCCUUGCACUCAGGGCUGGAGACAGAUCCUUCUCGAGCAAGGCCCGAAGGGGUUCGCCAAGGCUGUUCGACAGUACAAGGGUUGUCUGUUGAUGGACACGACCUGGCGUGAUGCUCAUCAGUCUCUAUUGGCAACCCGUGUACGAACAAUCGACCUCCUGGGAAUCGCAAAGGAAACCAGCCAUUCCCUACACAAUCUAUACAGCCUAGAAUGCUGGGGUGGCGCUACCUUUGAUGUUGCCAUGCGUUUCCUCUAUGAAGACCCAUGGGACCGCCUUCGCAAGAUGCGUAAGGCUGUCCCGAACAUCCCCUUCCAGAUGCUUCUUCGAGGAGCAAAUGGUGUGGCUUAUGCUUCGCUUCCCGACAAUGCUAUUGACCAUUUCGUCGACCAGGCGAAGAAGAAUGGUGUUGAUAUCUUCCGUGUUUUUGACGCCCUGAAUGAUAUCGACCAGCUCGAGGUUGGAAUUAGGGCUGUGCAAAAGGCCGGUGGUGUAGCUGAAGGCACUGUGUGCUACAGUGGAGAUAUGCUCAAUCCCAAGAAGAAAUACAACCUUGAGUACUACCUUGGCUUAGUCGACAAGCUAGUGGCACUGGAUAUCGAUGUCCUUGGAAUCAAGGAUAUGGCCGGUGUGUUGAAGCCUCGUGCUGCAACCCUUCUCAUCGGAUCCAUCCGAAAGAAGUACCCUGACCUACCGAUCCACGUACACACACACGAUUCCGCUGGUACUGGUGUUGCCUCGAUGGUCGCCUGUGCUCAAGCUGGUGCCGACGUUGUCGACGCCGCUACAGACAGUCUCUCGGGAAUGACAUCCCAACCGAGCAUCAAUGCCAUCAUUGCGUCGCUCGAGGGCAGUGAACUAGAUCCUGGUCUAAACCCCGCACAUGUUCGUGCUCUCGACUCCUACUGGUCGCAACUGCGCCUCCUGUACUCUCCUUUCGAGGCUCACCUAAUUGGCCCCGACCCUGAAGUCUAUGAGCACGAGAUUCCUGGUGGUCAACUGACCAACAUGAUGUUCCAGGCUGCCCAACUUGGCCUUGGCUCUCAAUGGGCCGAAACCAAGAAGGCGUAUGAGCAUGCGAAUGACCUUCUCGGAGACAUUGUGAAGGUCACCCCUACUUCCAAGGUCGUUGGUGAUCUGGCGCAGUUCAUGGUCUCGAACAAGCUAUCGCCUAAGGAUGUUGUUGAUCGAGCUGGCGAGCUCGAUUUCCCCGGAUCGGUCCUUGAAUUCCUCGAAGGCAUGAUGGGCCAGCCCUACGGCGGAUUCCCCGAGCCUCUGCGUUCCAGAGCUCUUCGAGAUCGCCGAAAGUUUGACAAGCGUCCCGGUCUUUACCUCGAGCCUGUCGAUUUCAAGAGAACGCGCGCUGAGCUUACGCAGAAAUGGGGCCAGAUUAGCGAGACCGAUGUCGCCUCUUACCUCAUGUACCCCAAGGUCUACGACGACUACAAGAAGUUUGUUCAGAAGUUCGGUGACCUCUCGGUCCUACCGACUAAGUACUUCCUCUCUGCGCCGCAAAUCGGCGAAGAAUUCCACGUGGAAUUAGAGAAGGGUAAGGUUCUUAUUCUGAAGUUACUGGCUGUUGGUCCGUUGUCCGAGAACACAGGCCAGCGAGAAGUGUUCUACGAGAUGAACGGUGAAGUCCGUCAAGUGACUGUUGACGACAAGAAGGCUAGCGUUGAGAAUGUCAGCCGACCCAAGGCCAACCCUGGCGACUCCAGCCAGGUUGGUGCACCGAUGGCUGGUGUCUUAGUGGAGUUGAGAGUCCACGAGGGCUCGGAAGUCAAGAAGGGAGAUCCACUGGCCGUGCUCAGCGCCAUGAAAAUGGAAAUGGUUAUAUCAGCCCCCCACAACGGUAAGGUAUCUGAUCUUCAGGUGCGAGAGGGCGAUUCGGUCGACGGAUCCGACUUGGUAUGCAAGAUUGUGAAGCCUUGAGCACAAUCCCCUUGGGAAAAGGUAAACCACGGAAAUAUAUAGCGGAGUAAUGGUAUAGGAUACUUACGAGGCUUUGGGCUGGCGUGUGUUCCAGGGACGGAGGUAAGAGUACUCGGGGUUGGUGCGGACUACUUUCUCAUAUGUGCCCUUUUCCCUAAAAUUUACACCAAACAAACGGUACAAAGUGUCUGCUUUUUUUUUUUUUUUUUUUUUUUUGCCCCUACGGAUAUGCGUUCAAUAUUUAUAUAUUAUUAUCUUACGAUCUUGGAUGUGAUUUCUUGGGUGUGAUUUCUUUGUGAUAGUAAAAUACAUAUACAUUAGGUACUGCUUUUUCUUUCUUUUUAAUCCGAUAUAUCGAAGUCAGGUACAUCUUGCAGCUGAACGACAGGCAACAACGCCAUGUGCAACUUACUCGAGCCGUAAGGCACAAAGCGGGCG